AUGGGAGCCGGUGCUUCUUCGAAAGCGCCUCCAAGAUACAAAUGGGACCAGGACACCACGUUACGGGGGCCCUGGACGUUUAUCUUCAAGGAGAAGGUUCAGUGCGCCUGUGAAGGCAGCAAGUGGUGUACCCGGGAAAACCCCGCUCGCCAGAAGACGCCCAACGCCCUUCCGGGACUUCACUGCAGCUGGGUUGGGGACACGGUUUUGGCCAUGGCACGCCCUUGGCAGUCCCACGUGGUGUCGUACAAGCUCGUCGAGGCGUUUCAACAGGCCAACAUUGGCAUGAUAUUGAACCUGCAGGAAGUCGGCGAGCACGCCAGCUGCGGCCCCGGUAACCUGGCCCACACGGGCUUCACGUACGACCCGGAGACCUUCAUGGCCGGGGGAGUGGGGUACUACAACUUUGCUUGGCGGGACAUGGGUGUGCCCUCCCUGGACAGAAUGAUGGACAUCGUACAGGUGAUGGAUUACGUAACCCGAGUGGAAGGCCGUAAGAUUGCCGUACAUUGCCACGCGGGUUUGGGCCGUACCGGCCUCGCCAUCGCCUGCUUCUUCGUCUUUGCGGGCAUGUACGACACUCCCGAGGCGGCCAUUGCAGCUGUACGGAAGAACCGUCCCGGCGCCGUACAGACCAGUCGACAAGUCGCUUUUGUCACGAUCUUUGCAAAGUACCUUCAACACCUUCGGCUAAAGCAAGGCCAACAGCAACAGCAGCAGCAGAAGCAGCAGCCGCCUCAUAGCGCAAGUGUCGCUGACUUUGCCGCCGCCGCCGCUGGCGGCGGCGGCGGCGGCGGCGGCGAUACAUUGGCGACUCGUUCUGCUCCCCUACUGGGAGCGCUGCCGCAGGAGGGCCUUAUGGAGAGCCGUGAAACGGCCGCCGCCGUGGUGGGGGUGUAUGCGUCGGGACUAACAGUCACCGUGCCACUGCAGGCUGGGGGGGAUGGCGGCGAGGCGGCUGACGGCGCUCUCACUGAGGAUGACCUGGGGCUCAGUCAGCAACUGCCCUGGAACGGCGCCUUCCAGAUAGAGCCCCGACACGCAGCCGCCUUCCGGCCCCGCCCGCCCCGCUCGUACACGGAGGCACUCAGUCGCCAAGCUAGGGCACUUCACGGACCGGAGCGACGGGCGUAUCUGCGACUACACAAGGUGGUCAAGGAAACUGUAUUCGCCAUCAUAGCCGCCGCGCAGGCCUUUCAGCCGCACACACUCAGCCGCCAUUCCGUCUCGUGUCGCAGUCAGCAGAACUCCCUACCCGCCAUUUCGGAGGAGGGGGGAAGGAAGGGGGACGCGUUGCAGAAGUCGAAAUCGCGAACAGGCGGCGGAGGCGGUGGCGUCGAUGAGGGCUCUCCAAAAGCCUCGCCGCUGCCGCCGACCUUUGCGCACCUCCUGUCGUACUUGAUAAACCAUCACGGGCACAACCACGUGGACUCGGACGCGCUGGUUCCGUUGAUGGCACAUAAGGCCUAUGCGGCGGCGGUUGGGAUGCAGCCGGAACCAGGGGGCCCACAACAGCGCCCUAUAAUUAAAACUAUCACUGCCGCCGCCCGUGGACCCACUCAGGUUGAGUCACGUGCCGUACUGGCAGCAGCGUCGCAGCUACGACAGGAAAUAAAUGCCGGACAGUACGACGGGGUGGAACCCGGACAGUCCGCCGGGGGCGGUGCGGAGCCCACAUUGACCCCUUCUUGCCUCUCAGUCAUAUCAAGAAGUUACUUGGGCUUGUUCAACGGUCACAUGCCCGCGCCGCCGUCCUCGGGAAGGCCCAGUUUGUCAGCAGACGGCAACAACGGCCGCGGGGCCGAGAACGGUAUUACGGCAGUACCUGCCGCCGCCGCCAGCUCGCCCUCCCUGGAGUACGCCCGCCAGGCGUACGAGAUCUUGGAGCCUUUGGAACCUCGCGACAGCGAGUUACUGCUUGUGUUUGCUGCGAUGUUACGUGUGGUGGCGCGGGGGAGCGGUCCGGGGUCGGAAGACGCGGUAGUGGUGAUCGGCAAAUGGGCAACGAGGUUGCUGCUGGGCAAGCUUAGCCGAUCGCCUGAGGCGGAGGAGGCCGUUUUGUCGUUUCUCUGGUAUUUAGCUGGACGAGACGAGGCCUACGCCAUGCUGGUGCUCCUAAAGCGUCAGAGGAUGUCGGGGCUGCUCUCCGCGACGCAGAUGGCGCAGCUGGUCUCUCAGGACCUGCAGCAGCUGUACCGAGUGGUGUUCCGGGAGGCGCUGGCGGGUAUCCCCUCCGUGGCGUACCCGCCUCCGGUGGCCACAGGCCGCAUCGACGUACAUAACGUGUGGCGAUGA